AUGAGGCGCUAUGGGGAAAGUACCAUUUCUGUCAACACGCUGCGCACGCCCUAUACUGCUCCUGGCGAGAGUGAGAUUCUGGACCUGGAUGAUGAGUUGUACCUGGGGGGCUUGCCAGAAAAUAAGGCUGGCCUCGUCUUCCCCACCGAGGUGUGGACUGCUCUGCUCAAUUAUGGCUACGUGGGCUGCAUUAGAGAUUUGUUCAUUGAUGGCCAGAGCAAAGAUAUCCGGCAAAUGGCUGAAAUUCAAAGUACUGCUGGAGUGAAGCCCUCCUGCUCAAGGGAAACAGCAAAACCGUGCCUUAGCAACCCCUGCAAAAACAAUGGCAUGUGCAGGGAUGGGUGGAACAGAUAUGUCUGUGAUUGUUCCGGAACAGGCUAUCUUGGCAGGUCCUGCGAGAGAGGUAGGAUUCUAAAAACCAAGAAGCUGACUCCCCUGAGACGAAAAGUGUAUUAAAUGUUGACCUCAAACCUUAAACUGACCAUGGAAACGUAAUGUGUGCUCUGCAGAGGUAA